AUGGCACCAAAGUUUUCACUCAUUCUCUGCAUUUUCACCAUCUGGGCCAUUCAUUUCACCAACGCAGCUUCAUCAGCACACCACGCUCCAUCACCCUCUGUCGAUUGUUCAACCCUUGUUCUAAGCAUGGCUGAUUGUUUGUCAUUUGUGACAAAUGACAGUACCAUAACCAAACCAGAAGGAACAUGCUGUUCUGGCUUGAAAACUGUCUUGAAAACUGCUCCUUCUUGUCUAUGUGAAGCUUUCAAAAGUAGUGCUCAGUUUGGUGUUGUUUUGAAUGUUUCAAAGGCGCUGACUCUUCCUUCUGCUUGCAAAGUCUCUGCUCCUUCUCUCUCUAACUGUGGAUUGUCUGUUACCCCUGCUGCUGCUCCUGGUGUAAGUGUCUCUCCAGCAUCUUCUCCUACUGCUGCUGAAGCACCAGGUGUGGCCACUCCUGUGCUUCCAUCUAGAGUACCGGCAGCCGCGCCGGCCGUCAAGAGCGCGGCAGCAUCAGCAUUGCUCCCUAUUUCAGCAGGGUCCAUUCUUGUUUGUCUCUUAUCUCUAUUCUCAAGCAUUUGA